AUGGCUCUCAAUGAUGACGAAUUAGUAUAUUGUACACAUGAAGUAUUAAUACAAACCUUCAACAGUGGGAAUAUCGAUGCUUAUUCAACACCAGAUAUUUUUGAUUACUAUACAAACCUGUCGGAAUACUACUUAUUCCCGUCCCGAAACCAGUUGAUGAGAUUUAGAGUGGAGGCUUGUAAUGAUGCAUUUAUCCUCUUAUCAUCUACAGUCAACCUACAGUCUCAAGACUUUUAUGAAAUUUGUAUUGGUGGAUCAAACAACAAAGCGACAAGUAUCCGUCGCAAAUACAACACUGGGAACGUUUUCCAGAUUAAUACAAUUGACAUUUUAAACUGUACUGAACAAAGAACACUGAUUGUGAGAUGGAUGAUCAAUGGAGAAAUAACCCUUCUGAAAGAAACCAAUGGCGGGACGGAAGUAGUAAUGACAUGGACAGAUCCCAACCCAAUACCUAUACAUGGUGUAGGAAUCAUGACUGGAUGGGGAGCAGAUGGACUUUGGACUAUAGAACAUUCAUCUCUCCUUAUUGGGCGUUAUUGUGGUAUUCCUACAACAUACGGAAAUGGUGCAGAUGCAAUAUUAAUACAAACCUUUAACAGUGGUAAUAUUGAUGCUGAUUCAACACCAGAUGUUUUUAAUUAUUACACAAAUCUGUCCGAUUACCACUUAUUUCCGUCACAGAACAAGAUGUUCAGGUUUGGAGUCGAAGCUUGUCAUGAUGCAUUCAUUCUGUUAUCAUCUGUAGUCAAUCUACAGUCGCAAGACUUUUAUGAAAUUUGUAUCGGUGGAACAGAUAACACAGCGUCCAGCUUUCGUCGGAAGUACAACACUGGGAACACUCAUUUUAUUUUUACACCAGAAAUGUUAAACUGCACUGAAAAACGGACAAUAAUUUUGAAAUGGACAUUCAACGGAGAACUAACACUUCUUAAAGAAACUAAUGGCGGAACGGAAGUAGUAAUGACAUGGACAGAUCCAAGCCCAAUACCUAUAAAUGGUGUCGGAAUCAUGACUGGAUGGGGAGCAGACGGACUUUGGACUAUAGAAUAUCCGUGUAAGUGA